AUGAAAGUUGUAACUCUUACUUUACUAAAGGCUCAAGAUGUGGCAAUGGAGAGGAACCAGUUGCCAGUGAAACGGGAGCUGAAACUACUAAUGAACUUAUGGACGCAAUUUUUGGACUCAAUGAAGAACAACAAAGUACUACCGAAGUCGAAAAUUUCCUUCGAGAAAUUGAAAGCGCUAUUAGAGGAACAAGAAUUAUUCACGACAUUUUGCCAAACCUCGAUGAGCGAUGCGACCAGAUCUUGUACUCUCGAUGUUUUCAAAAGAAAUAUAAUGGAGGAUUCUUUGCGUGGAGCUUCCACGGAGACCACACCCAUGUCGUCCACGACUGCCCUUAUGGGGGAGGAAAAUGUAGAUGCAGUAGAAUCCAAUGCCUCCCAAUUAAAAGAGAUAGACGACAAUUUUAUCGAUUCUCUUUUUUCAGUGCCAAGCGAUAUUGCCAACUUGGACAAGUCGCAAUGGUGGAGGCAGGCUCAAGUGAGGAUGAAUUUUCUGACGACGAGCGAAGUCGAUCCUUUACAAAUACUAGUCGAAAAAACAAAAAGGAUGGCGAUGAAGAGAGUAGCGGAAACAGAAAACGUCAAAAAAGAAGUCAGGAAGAAGAGCUGUUGGUCUGGCUCAAGCAGUUUCCGGCAAGCCCCAUAUUAG